UGGUUGACUUUGGAAAGAGUUUCAAAACGCUUGGUUUUCAACACGUUUCCAUACAGUCACGAUGAAGCUGACACGGUAUAUCUCUGCGUGUGUGUUCGCACAGUUAUGUAUCAUAGGGAGUGUAAACUGUGGAAAAAUAUUAGUUUGGCAUACUGAAGGCAGUCACUGGAUCAACCUCAAGCCUGUAUUGGACACUUUGAUUGACAGAGGACACAGUGUUACAGUGCUGGUGCAGAGUGCCUCUGUUUACAUGGACCCCACGGAAAAGGCUCGCUUCAGCUACGAACCAUUCAACGUCUCCAUCUCAAUGCAAGAGAUGAGCGAUUUAUUUGAGGAGUUAAUCCACUUUUACAUGUACGAGAUAGAUCACCUGAGCUACUUGCAGAUCCAUUGGAAGGGGUAUCAUCUUGCAAAAAGAGAUUUAAAGUUUUCCAUACAGAUCUGUGACGGACUGCUGAGGUCAGAGACCGUCAUGAGGAGACUGAGAGAGGCCAAGUACGAUGUUCUGUUAUCCGAUCCAAUCUACCCCUGCAGUGACCUGGUGGCUGAGGAUCUGGGCAUUCCUCUGGUCUACUCCCUGCGCUUCUCUAUUGCCCACAUGUGGGAGAGGCUCUGUGGGCAGCUGCCUUCUCCACCAUCCUUUGUCCCUGGUGCCAUGAUCAAGUUAACCGAUGAAAUGAGCUUCACUGAAAGACUGUUGAACUUCCUCUUCUAUGCAUCCCAGGACAUGAUGGCAUACGGUUAUUGGCAAGACAUAGACGCCUACUACAGUGAGAUUCGAGGGAAGCCAUCAACCUAUUGUGAGGUGAUGGGCCAAGCUGACUUGUGGCUGAUCCGGACAUACUGGGACUUUGACUACCCUCGUCCUUUCCUCCCUAACUUCAAGUUUGUGGGGGGAAUCCACUGCAAGCCUGCCAGGCCCUUACCAGAGGACAUGGAGGAGUUUGUGCAGAGCUCUGGAGAUGACGGCAUUGUGGUGUUCACCCUCGGAUCCAUGAUCAAGAACCUCACCACAGAGAAGGGGAACAUGAUCGCCUCAGCCCUGGGGCAGAUUCCCCAGAAGGUCCUGUGGAGGCUCAGCGGGGAGAAGCCUGAGACCCUGGACCCCAACACCAGAGUCUUCGACUGGAUCCCGCAGAAUGACCUGCUGGGUCACCCCAAGACCAGAGCCUUCAUCACCCACGGUGGAACCAAUGGCAUCUACGAGGCCAUCUAUCAUGGGGUCCCCAUGGUGGGAAUUCCUAUGUUCGCUGACCAGCCGGACAACAUGGUCCACAUGAAGGCCAAGGGGGCCGCGGUCAUCAUGGACUUCAACACCAUGAAAACCCAGGAUCUGGUGGAUGGACUCAACGCUGUGAUCAACGAGCCAUCGUAUAAGGAGAAUGCCUUGAGGUUGUCUAGGAUCCACCAUGACAGGCCCAUCAGUCCCAAGGAUGAAGCGGUGUUCUGGAUAGAGUUCACCAUGAGGAAUAAAGGGGCCAAGCACCUGAGGGUCCAGGCCCACGAGCUCACCUGGUACCAGUACCACAGCCUGGACGUGUUCGCUUUCCUUCUGGCCAUCGUGCUGCUGCUCACCCUCCUCUUCAUCAAAACAUGCCUCUUCUGUGUCCGGAGGUGCUGUUAUGGAGCGAAGUCCAAACGGAAGACAGAGUGACAGGUUCAACACCAGCAAAUUUCCAUAUUUUUCCGUCCUUAAAUGUCGUAAAGAGUUGAGACCAGGAUUUAUAGUCUUACAUUGUACAUUUCUCUGAUUAUUCAGGUCAUUUCCAUUUGACUUUGUAUCCCUUUCUCGAUCUUAUUGAAAUUGAUAGGCUUGAUAUUGAUAUAAUGAAGUAUUUGCUUAAAUUGCAUUUCCCUCUAA